AUGCGUAUGGUGCUACAACCAAGAAGAGUCUCCUCCACCUGUGCUUUGAGACUGUUGCGGGAACCUUACGAUAUGAAGAUACUGGGUCCAUUUGUUUUCUUGCUCUUGCUUGGGGGACUGUGGUGUCAGAACAACCGUAAUGCUAAAGCUACUGGAAAGUCCACAAAGAAGUCUAGUGGGAUCCAACAAGGUGAUGCUGGCCAGUCUGCCUCCGCAGCUGAUGUUACUUCAGGAAGCACUGGAAGAACUGGAAGCACCUCCAGAAACACCGGAGGCUCAGCCGAAUCAAGACAGGAAGGAGCUGCAGGGACUCGUGGAGCUGGACAACAGACAGAUGAUAUGAGGCUGCACUACCUCACAAACACACAAGUUACAUGUAAUGAUGGGACAGUAGCUGGGUUUUACCUAAAGGAAUUCAGAGGAAGCCGCCGAUGGUUGUUAUUUCUGGAAGGUGGCUGGUGCUGCUACAGCAGAGAGACCUGUGAUUACAGGUACCAAAAUAUCCCCCGACUAAUGAGCUCAUCGGGGUGGCCUGAAACUAAAAGAGGAAGUGGAAUAUUAUCUUCUAAAGCUGAGGACAACCCACACUGGCAUAACACAAAUAUUGUAUUCAUCCCUUACUGUUCCAGUGAUGUGUGGAGCGGCACUGGGCCUGCACCAACACCCCCUUCCAGGCCACGACAAGCUGAAUAUAACUUCAUGGGAUCCCUAAUCAUCCGUGAGGUCAUCAAAGAUCUCAUCCCUAAAGGAAUCAAGCAGGCCAAGGUUGUCAUGCUGUCUGGUAGCAGCGCUGGUGGAACAGGUGUUUUGCUCAACAUUGAGAGGGUGGCCAGUCAGCUCCAGCAGCUUGGUGCAGAAGCUCAGGUCCGAGGCCUCGUGGACUCAGGCUGGUUUCUGGAGAGCAAGCAGCAAAGAUCACCAAACUGCCCUGAGACAGUUUCCUGCUCACCUGAGGAUGCUAUCAAGAUUGGACUCAGGCUGUGGAAUGGGGUUGUUCCUGACAGAUGUCGGCAGCUCUUUAAAAGAGGGGAGGAGUGGAAGUGCUUCUUCGGUCAUAGACUAUACUCUACUUUGACGUCCCCUGUGUUUAUUGUACAGUGGCUGUUUGAUGAGGAACAGCUGAGGGUGGAAAACAUCUAUAUAGGGGGACAGAGCAUGUCUGAGGAGCAGUGGCAGUACAUACAGAACCUGGGCUUGGAGCUCAAAAACUCCCUGAGAGAUGUUACGGCUGUAUUUGCUCCGUCCUGUCUCUCCCACACACUAAUUACCAAAAGUAACUGGACAAGUUUUCAAGUUAGAGGCACGUCUCUGCCACGUGCCCUUCAAUGCUGGGACAGGAGUCUGGAAGCAAUACGUAACAACAGGACCCCGGCUAAAGGAUGUCCUUUUCACCUCGUGGAUUCCUGUCAGUGGCCACAGUGUAACCCCACCUGCCCAGCUUUGGUGGAUAAGACCACCCAGCAGGAGCUUACCUUGCUCCAGAUGCUGGUAGCCAUGGGUCUGGACCUCCAGAGGCUGGGCCUGGAUCCCCAGGGAGAUGCAGAUUCUCUUGUCAGCAUGGUCAGGAAUGGUGGCUAAGUGUGAAAAUUUAGGGUACACGAAAGGUUAGCCAGAGG